AGGGGGAAGUCGGAGGGAUGGGGACAGGGAGCAGAGAAAUGGACAGAAAAGCCCCGACGUGAGGGGCGAGGGUGUAGGAAGGGCUCCUGUGGCUUAAGCGGCCUCAAGUUCACUUGGGCAAGAGGUGAUGGUGUGGUGGUCCUGGUUAGGAGCCGGCGCUGUGGAGCCAGCCCUGGGGUGGCCCCUCUGAGGCCUUGGGGGUGGGAGCAGACAGCCCUUAUAAUCUCGUGUCCUCAUCUCUAAAACAGGGAACUUAAAUCCUAGGGCUGCUGUGCAGAUUAAACAUCAGGACGCCUGUUGAAGGCUGCACAGUGCCUAGCUGUCAUUUAUUCAGUGCAUGUUUCCAAGCCCCUGCUGGGUGUCAGGCAUUGUUCUAUGGGCUGCAAAUCCAGCAGGGAAAAAAACAGAAACAAAACCAGCCUGUCCUCAUGUGGCUCCUAGGCCACUGGAGGGAGAAAUACACCAAUUUCUUCACUAUUAGGUGGCCACAAGUGCAGGGCAAGAGAGUGAGGAGAGGCCAGGGUGCUGCAGUUAGAGAGAGAGUGGGUAGGGAGGGCUCACUGUGAUAUGGGAGGCAGAACUUGAAGGCAGAGGGAGCAGCAGCACAGGUGAGGGCAUGUGUGGUGUUUGGAGGAGCAGCCAGGGGGCUGGUGUGUGUGGACAGUGGGGAGGAUUGUAAAGUAACUGGGAGCCAGAUUUUAAAGACUUUGCAGGGUUAAGUGUGGUGGCUCACGCCUGUAAUCCCAGCACUUUCAGAGGCUGAGGCAGGUGGGUCAAGACCAGCCUGGCCAUCAUCGUGAAAUGCCACCUCUACCAAAAAAUGCAAAAAUUAGCCGGGUGUUGUGGCAUGCGCCUGUGGUCCCAGUUUCUUAGAGGCUGAGGCAGGAGGAUCCCUUGAGCCCAGGGAGGCAGGUGGAGGUUGCAGUGAGCCGGGAUCACGCCGUUGUACGAGGCUGGGUGACAAAGUGACACUCCAUCUCAAAAAAAACAAAAACGGUUUUAGCCAGGCGUGGUGGCUCACACCUGUAAUCCCAGCACUUUGGGAAGCCAAGGUGGGCAGAUCACAAGGUCAAGAGUUCAAGAGCAGCCUGACCAACAUGGUGAAACUCUGUCUUUACUAAAAAUACAAAAAUUAGCCAGGCAUGGUGACAUGUGCCUGUAAUCCCAGCUACUCAGGAGGCUGAAGCAGGAGAAUCACUUGAACCCGGAAGGCGGAGGUUGCAGUAAGCCAAGAUUGUGCUACUGCACUCCAGCCUGGGCAACAGAGUGAGACUCCAUCUCAAAAAAAAACAAAACAAAACAAAACCAUUUUGCAGCCUAAGACCCCAUCUCAAAAAAAAAAAAAAAAAAAACCGUUUUGCAGCCUAAGGUAUCUUGCAGCUGGAAAGCAGACAGUCUGUAAACAAAUGGGCUUUGUUCCAAUAUAACUUUAUUCACAUAAGGGACCACUGGCCCAGGCAGUAGUUUGCUAGCCCCUGACCUAUGCCUUGAAGGCUUACAGGAGCACUGAGUGGGCUGGAGAGCCUUUGUGGCAUUUGAGUUGAGGCAGGGCAUGAUCUGAUUUAAGUGUUCACAGGAUCACCCUGCUGCUGCGUGAGGAGGAAGCUCUCGGGCGUGAGGACGAGGGCAGAAUAAGAGUUACUAGUUGGGAGGUGGCAGGUGAGGGCCACUUGGCCCAGUGCACCAGGGUCAGAUCCUGGAUGUGUUUGGGAGGCAGAGCCUAUCAGAGCAGCCACUGGUGUGAGGGAGAAGGGGAGUUGGGGGUGGCUCCAGGAUUUUUGUUUGAGCCAUCAGAAGGCUGGAGCUGCCAUCUGUGGACAAGGAGGGCACUGAUGGGGGAGAGCUGGUUUUGAGGAUGGCUAGAGUUCAGUUUUUGACUUUUUUUUUUUUUUUAGACAGAGUCUUGCUCUGUUGCCCAGGCUAGAGUGCAUUGGUGCGAUUUUGGCUCACUGCAACCUCCGCCUCCCUGGUUCAAGCAAUUCUGCCUCAGCCUCCUGAGUAGCUAGGAUUAUAGGCACACAUCACCACACCUGGCUAAUUUUUGUAUUUUUAGUAGAGAUGGGGUUUCAUCAUGUUGGUCAGGCUGGUCUCAAACUCCUGACCACGUGAUCCACGUGCCUCAGCCUCCCAACAGUUUUGGACACAUUAACACUGAACUGCCUGUUAGACAUCGGGUAGGCUUGGAGGAGGUCACUGGACCUGCAUGGUCAGACCUGUAUGCAGAUCAGCCAAGAGGUCUGGGGGACAGGAUUAGGCAGCAUUUGACCUGGUCACUUACCAUGGAAAGGGAGACCGAUGGGUAGGGCAGGGAGAGGAGACCCUGAGAGACCAGAGCAGUGAGGAACAGGCCCUGGGCAGCUGGGACCAGGUCAGGGCAGCCAGGAGUGCUGCUAAAGGGAGGGGGUAAGGAUGAGAAUGGGGUGGGGCUGAAUGAGAGCCAGGUCAACCUGUCCUCUCCCCGCAGGGCCCAUCUGAUCACACGGACCAGGCCACUGACUGUGGGGUGGACCCAGGACGCCCCUGUACCCGAGCCCAUGGAGCUAAGGUCUGAUGCCAGCCACAAGGAGAAUGUGUCCCCAAAGCCUGCAGUGCCUCUGAAGCCAGAGCAACGGAGAUUCUGGAGGAGCCUGGGCAUUGGCCUGAGCAGUAGCCAUGACCGGUGGGUGCCCAGGUGCCAGGUGGAGAGGGGAGAGCCUGCUGCCACACCCUCCCCAGGGGCAGUGCUAGACCAGGAGCCCUGCCGAGUCCAGACCAACCUGGCCAGCUCUGGCCCCUGUCUGGGCCUAGCCCUGAAGGACACGACUGGCCGACUAGUCAAUUCAAGCUUCUGGCAACAGAGCAACCUGCAGCCCCCGACCAGGAGGUGCCAAGGGAAGGCCCAAAAAUUUGCCAUCCAGCAGAGCAACCUGAGCAUAAGUGAGACCAGCAGCCCCCUCCUCUGCCCAGAGCCGGUGGGGAGCUUUAGGCCCCAUGAGCUGCUCCAGAGAUAUCUCCUCUCCCAAGGGGCAUUGGCUUGCCCAUCCCCCUAUCGGAGGCAGUCCAGACUGCCAGCCCCAGGCACCCCUAGCCGGGACUUCAGGCCCGCUGCAGCCUUUGCCCCUCUCGAUGGGCACCCAUGGCCAGGCCUCAGAUCCUGGGGUGACCUGGGGAGCUGGACGUCCAGGCUGGUGGGGGAACCUCUCACCCUGGAGGACCUGGCUGACCCCAGUCAGAACCCGGCUCGGGCCCAGUCCCAUGCUGCUGUCCACCAGCUUCUGGCCUCUGUACAUCGCCUGGCGCCGGAGGCAGCCCAACUCAGCUGCCAGGCAUCCCAGGAACCCCCCGGUGCUGUGCAGCAGGACCUGUGGACCAGCGACAGCCAGCCACUCUCCACCCACCCUCAGCCCGGCCAGCCUGUCCUUACUUCCUGGGAUGAGAGAAGACAACUCAGAGGCCACAGGGAAACUGCAGCUUUCCUGCAGACUCUGGCUGCUCCCUCAGACUCUUGGGCUCAAAGUAAGCUAAUGUCACUUGAGACCACUGUGGGGACAUUGACUGGGGAUUUCCUUAAUCCUGAACAGGGGCUCCCUCCCGCCCAUCCCCUAGGGUCAGGAGACAGCUAUUCCCCUGGGUCUCCACGUGACAGGGAACAGAGGGGUUGAGGAGUGGGGAGCAGGGAGGCCGGCCCCUGUUCCUCAGCCUUCUCCAACACAGCCUGGGGAGUCCCACCCAAGCAGAAAGGAGAGGAGGGCCCGAGGGAGCAGGUCCGCAGGGAGGAGGCGAGGACGGCUUCACAUCUGCCAGACACAGCCCCAGUGAGCAGUGCCUCACAGAACAAGGCACAAAAUAUCUUGGCCCCGGAGUCCAAGGCAACCUGUCCAGGAAGUCUGAAGGAGAAGAAGAGAGCUCGGUGGCUUCUGUCUAAUCCUGGACAGAGAACAGACAGCAGAGAGGAGAGAGCCCAGAUCCUGCAGGCCCUGCAACUGGCUGACUUCUUCUUGUGGUGCCAACAGAAGGAACGGGCCAGGCAGGAGAGGGAGGAUCACACAGCCACACAGAGGACGGGGAGCUUCCCCCAGGCCUGGCACUCCACUGCUGCAGAUGCAGCCUGGGGGGCCCCACUGAGCCCUCAGCACCAGAGAGCUUGGCUGUGCAGAUGCUUUGGGGCCUGGCAGCGGUUUGCUCAAAGAGGGUCCCGGUACCGAGACCCCCUGGCUGACCGCCGGGCCAGAACCCUGAGGACAUGCCUGGAACAGUGGGUGCAGAUGAAGCAGCUAAGGGUCUCAGAUCGGGCAAAGGCGACCCAGCUGUCCCUCUGCCGGCAGAAAGCAGGAUGCGAGGCUCUCUACGGCACAGGACCCGGAGCCAGUGGCCUGGGUUCAGUGGGUCAGGCCCAGGGGCUGCAGGAGCAGGGCCGAGGCUCCCUGCAGGAUGCCUGCCAGACACUGGCCCUCCACUGGGCGCUGCUGCUGUGGAAGAGGUGGCUUUUCCGGUGCCAGUGGGCCAAGGUCCUAGAGGCCGCUUUGCAGUUAGCAGCGCGCAUUGGUGUCCAAGAGCGAUCUUCACCCAGCUCCGGCAGGCCGGGCUCAGGGGCUUCCUGCGGACGGCGCAGCUCAGGGUGUGGCUGGGAUUGCGGGUUGAGGCCCCAGGGACCGGUAAGGUCAGCCCAGGCCCAGGCUGACCUCACGCUCUGGCCCCGGAUGGCCAGCAGGGGGCGCCUGCUGCUGGAUGCUCCAGCCCCUUGGAAGGAGGUGAGGGGAGACCAGGCGGGGCGGAAGGUCUAAAAACGAUCCUCGGACUACUGGUCUUAGAAUCGGCUCAGAUUGAGCCCACGGUGGCAGCGUGGUUGGAUGCCUCCCCAGGGCCCCAGCAGCCUCGUACGUACCUCCUCUCCCCAGUUCUCGGGCAGCCUCUGACAAGCAACUCUGAAUCCAGUAGCAAAGAUGAACCCAGCACCUCCUGAGCGCCAGCCCACUGCAGUUCUGACCAGCGUGUUGGGUCACAGCCUGUUAGGUGGACACUGAAAUGCACGUUUCUCAAGGUGCAGUCGAGGAUCAGGAUAGGCACACAAAGAUGGUCGCAAGUUUUUUUGUUUAUUUUUGAGACAAAGUCUGGCUCAGUUGACCAGGCUGAAGCAGUGGCUCACUGAAUCUUGGCUCACUGCAACCUCUGCCUCGUGGGUUCAAGCAAUUCUCCCGCCUCAGCCUCCUGAAUAGCUGGCACUACAGGUGUGCACCACCAUGCCUGGCUAAUUUUUAUAUUUUUAGUAGAUGGGGUUUCACCAUGUUGUCCAAGCUGGUCUCAAACUCCUGACCUCAAGUGAUCUUCCCACCUCGACCUCCCAAAGUGCUGAGAUUACAGGUGUGAGCCACUGCACCUGGCCAAGUUUUUGUUUUUCUUAUUAGAAAAGUGAAAUAUGCUCAUUACAGAAAAAUCAGAAAAUAUAAAGUAGAAAAAUAUCAAAAUAUCAAAAUUUCUUUCCUAAUUCUCUCUACCCAAAGGCAUCCAUCAGUCCCUCUCUAGACCAGAAGGAAUUAGUUCGGACACCAACAAAUGGUUAUAAAAGGUUGAUGGCCUAGCAAGAAGGAAGAAGCCUCCACAAAAGCCAAGCACAAAAAAAUGACCCUGCACAGAAGUCUGGGGACAUGUCCUUGAAGGACACAGCCCAGAGAUACUGGCAGGCAAGGUAGUGUCCCUCAGAUCAUCAUGAAUCCUAUUUCAGAAUGCCACAAAGAAUACAUUUUAGAAAAGAUUCCAAGAAAAAAAGCUAAAGUGAUUUUUUUUUUUUUGGUCAUUUUUUGUUUUCAGACAGUGUCUCUCACUGUCUCCAAGGCCAGAGUGCAGCGGUGCAAUCACAGCUCACUGCAGCCUCAACCUCCAGGGCUCAAGGGAUCCUUCCACCUCAGCCUCCUGAGUAGCUGAGACUACAGGGGUCUGCCACCACACCCAGCUAAUUUUUUUUUGUAGAAGUGGGGUCUCACUAUGUUGCUGAGGCUGGUCUUGAACUCCUGGGCUCAAGCAAUCUGCCCAUCCUUACCUUCCCAAGUGUUGGGCAGGCCCAUACCGCCAUGAGCCACCAUGCUUGCUUUUUUUUUUUUUUUUUUUUUUUUUUUGAGAUGGAGUUUCACUCUUGUUACCCAGGCUGGAGUGCAAUGGCACAAUCUCUGCCUCCUGGGUUCAAGCAAUUCUCCUGCCUCAGCCUCCUGAGUAGCUGGGAUUACAGACA